CAAUUAUUAAUAAACAAAUAGGAGAUAAUAGGUUAUAUUCAAAUCAUAAAAAAUAUUUUGAUAACGAUGGAAUUGUAAAGCGCUGGUUUAGAGGAAGCUGGAUGUGUCUCAUAACUGAUCCAGUGAUUGCAAAGGACGUUUUUUUGCGACCGGAUGUUUACCCUAAAGUAGACCUGAAUGAGAUUGUUCCAAAUUCUAUAGUUACAGAAUAUUUUGGGGUCAAUGUUGGUUUCUCAUCUGGUGACGUUUGGAAAAGACAUAGACGUGUGUGCAAUCCUGCAUUCAAAGCUUUACCAUUACAUCUUUUUGCAGAAAUAGCAUUAAAGAUGAUGGAUAUUUUGGAACAAAUUGAUCAAAAGCCUAUUGAAAUUAAUAAUCUUAUGCAAAG